AUGGCUAGCAUUCUGGAUCCUACCAUUUUGGCUUCCACGCCUAGAGGUUUAGAGAAAUUUGUAGAUCUGGCUAUGAGUUGCCUUAGAGAAACUAGAUUUGCGAGACCUGCAAUGGGUGAGGUUGUAAAAGAGAUAGAGAACAUCAUGCUCAUAGCUGGGCUGUGCCCAAUGCCGAAUCUGCAUCACUUUGGACAAGUGAAGAAGGAUCUAGUAAAUGGUUGGACCAUCCUUUAA